AUGGGUGUACCAAAAUUCUAUCGAUGGGUAUCUGAACGUUACCCGAAUAUCAGCCGAGUUAUCAAUGAUAAUCAGAUACCGGAUUUUGACAAUUUCUAUUUGGAUAUGAAUGGCAUUAUUCAUGCUUGUUCGCAUGUUAAUGAAGAUAAUUGCGAAACGAGCGUUAGUGAAGAAGAAAUUUUCCGAAAUAUUUUUCAUUAUAUCGAUUUUCUCUUUCGAAUGAUUAAGCCGAAGAAAGUCUUUUUCAUGGCCGUGGACGGUGUGGCUCCGCGAGCUAAGAUGAAUCAACAACGAUCGCGACGUUUUCGAGCUGGACGCGACCGAAUGAAAAAGUUACAAACAUUAGCUGACAAAACUGGUCAAUCAUUAAAGGAAACCAUAGCUCAUCAUUUUGAUACCAAUGCCAUCACACCUGGAACCAAGUUCAUGGCCAAUCUGGAUGAACAAUUGAGAUAUUUCAUCAAUGUUAAACUAACAACUGAUCCAUUAUGGCAUGGUGUUGAUAUUCAUUUAUCUGGCCAUUUGACACCAGGAGAAGGCGAACAUAAAAUUAUGGAGUAUAUUCGCUAUACACGUUCACAGCCGGGCUACAAUAUCAACACGAGACAUUGUUUGUACGGGCUAGAUGCUGAUUUAAUCAUGUUAGGUUUAGUAACGCAUGAGAUGCAUUUUGCACUUCUCCGUGAGGAAGUCAAAUACGGACCGAAAAAAGUGACGAAGAUUCUUACACCAGAAGAAAUCAACUGGCACUUAUUACAACUAUGUUUGCUUAGAGAUUAUAUUAAUUUGGAAUUCAGUUCAAUAAAAGAUAAACUGAAAUUUCCAUAUGAUUUGGAGCGUAUUGUUGACGAUUGGAUUCUCAUGGGCUAUUUAGUUGGUAAUGAUUUCAUUCCGCACUUACCACAUGUUCAUAUCAAUCAAGAAGCCCUGCCGCUCCUUUGGGAAACGUACAAAAAGAUUUUACCGAAACUCGAUGGUUAUAUGAACGAUGCGGGUGAAUUAAAUCUCUCUCGGUUUGAGAUUUAUCUUUCGGAGCUAGCGAAAUACGAUUACAAUCGGUUUGAAAAAGAAACGGAGUCUACGAAACAACUACAUAAAAUCAAGCCAGUCAAAUCAGAACUCGACAAAGAUCAACUACCGAAUUCAGGCUUUAGUGCUGAGAUUCUGAAAAAACUAAUGAUCUCAGCACCAACCGUUCUUGUGAAAGAAGCCAAUGGGACGGCCGAGGCAGAUUCUAAUAGUCAAUGGAUCGAUAAUUUCAUUGCACAGGAACGCAAAUCACUGAAUGCAUCACCUCUCUCAUCGUCGCCCAAUGAUAAUCAUGGUCCUGUCUAUCUCGAUGCCGAUGACGAUGAACGACAAUCGUCAGAGUCUGAUCCAACCAGUGACCAAGAUAGUAAUCGCAAGAAUAUAUUGCGAAUGACAUCAAAUGAGAAACAAGAAUAUAUUUCGGUGAUUGACAGUGAAUUCCGACAACAUAAAAACCAAUACUAUCGAGAAAAGAUGAGAUGUCAAGCAGUUUCAAAAGAACAAAUCCAAACUUAUGUUUAUCAAUACAUCGAAGCAUUACAAUGGAUCUUGAAAUAUUACUAUCAAGGGUGCCCGUCGUGGUCAUGGUUUUACCCACAUCAUUAUGCGCCGUAUCUCUCCGAUCUGACGAAUUUCAAGCAUUUGCAGCUAACAUUUCAACGAGGAACACCUUUCAAACCAUUCGAACAACUCCUAGGUGUUCUUCCUCCAACGAGUCGUUAUCUUCUACCAACUGCUUUACAGCCAUUAAUGAUAGAUGUCGAAAGUCCUUUACUACAUUUCUAUCCGGAAGAUUUUCAAUUGGACCAGAACGAGAAAAAACAAGAUUGGGAAGCGAUUGUACUUUUACCAUUCAUCGAUGAACAACUCUUGUUAACUUCGAUCAAGAAAUACUAUAACAAUCUUGAUACAAAUGAAAAAAUGCGCAAUCAGCAUUCGUCGUCGUUAUGUUUCAGAGCUACGUCGACAUUACAUCCUACAAGUGGUAUCAUUGCUAAUAAUCCUCACUUUCCUCCGUUGAAACAAACACGCGCCAUAUGUACGGAGUUUCCAGUUGAUUACUAUCGGCCAGAAGGAUUGAAAUUUCAAACAGGAAGAUUCGACGAGGCGAAUAUGAUACAUUUUCCAAAGUUUCCGGUUUUAAACGUAAUUCCAUAUAAAUUUGAUUUUAAAAAAGGAGUCGUUGAUCUGUUUGAUUCACGUUCGAAAUCGACGACACUGGUUCUGGAUUUGGCACAUCAUCCCGAUUCUGAUUGUAUUACAUAUAACGAUCAAUGGGAUUCGAAAGAGAGCGAAACUAGUCAGCCGUUUGAAAUCACGAAUCGACAAGCUUUGAUUGAACGUUACCUUGGCAAGCGCAUCUUUGUCAACUGGCCACAUUUUGAUUAUGGAAUUGUUUGUGCGAUGAGUGAUUUUCGCCAUUUGUACAUUUGGUCAAACAUACCUGGUGGUUCCCAUUUCAACAUUCGAUCGUUAUUAAGUGAAGAGGGUCAAGAUGCCAGAAAUAUCUCUCAAACUCCAAUCUACGUUUCCCGCUAUCCAUUCGAAAUGUCUGAUGAAACAAGUUCAAAAGCUGUUACAAUAAGAACUUAUCCAUUAGACGCCACGCAAUCUCAAAUGGAAUAUACAAAAGCAAUUAAUAUGAAUCGUCGAUAUGAAAACCGACAAGGUGUGAUGAUUGGAGCCAUUCCUGUUUUACUCUACGUGGCACCAUUGAUUGGUUACCAAACGAAAUUAUCAUCGUCAACAUCGGAAAAAUGCCAAACAACCAUGUGUUUCUCAAACCAAGCAUUGGCUUAUCCUUUACAAACAUCAUUGUUUAAUAUAAAAAAUUACAAACAUGAUUUAUUUCAAUUUCCUCAAACAGUUCACGAGAAUUUCAAAUCAAAUGAUCCAGUUUUUGCAUUACAACCACCUUACUAUUCUUGUAUGGGUUAUAUUCAACAAGUGAAUAAAGAUUCGAAUGGAAAAUAUAUGGUCGAAUGCCGAAUGGAACCAUCGGAUGUUUCGAAUCAACCGGAUUUACAUUCAUUGUCGAAUCGACUUGACCGAUUCCAAUUGAACUACUGGACAGCGCAACAAGUAGCAGAAUAUUUACAAACAAUGCCCAGUGUCAUCUCGAAACUGACUGGUACGAUCAUUGUCACCACUGGAGCAGGAGGAGGACGAGAAAAUACGAAUCGUAUCAAUGUUGGAUUCUCAUGGAAAGCAAAUAAACCUCUCAAACAGCUGUAUGGCUAUACGAAAAAACAAGAUCAAGUUUGGUAUUACUCUGAUUCUGCUGUAUUAAUCAUUUCUGAUUAUAUGUUACAAUUUCCAGAAAUUAUUGCUGAAUUAGUGAGAAAACCUAAAGAUGAUACUUAUCCAGAACCAAAUAUUUGGCCAACGCGAAAAGGAAGAUCUCGACUACAAGAAGUGCGUACAUGGAUUAAGAAUCAGCCAACACAUUCGAUGACGUUAAUGGAUGGUGCGUGGCAAGUGCUAGAUGCGCCAGUUAUCAAAGAAAUCGAACGUAUAACAAAAGCAUUCUAUGCUAAACAUCCAGCGAAAAAUCCCAAUGAAAAGACAAAACUAGUUUCUAUUGAAGCCAAUCGCUUAUUCAAACCGAAUGAAUCAUUUGGUAUGUGUGAUUCAGAUAUGGAGACACAUUAUGAGCUCUACGAUCGAGUGGUUACUGUUCGUCUCGGUACUGGUGUUCCAUUAGGCACACGAGGAACGGUUAUUGGCAUGAUGCAUGGUCAAACACAUUUGGAUACAUUCUAUGAAGUUCUUUUUGAUCAACUACCGAAAACUAGUCUUGACGCGAUUCUUCUUUCUGGAAGUAGUCAACAACGUCGAAUCAAAGUUCGUUCGUAUCAUCUGUUGAAUUAUUCACAUUCGCUUCGUGUUCGUUCAACGAGUAAUUAUUCCCAAUCAAGGUCGAUGCCUAAUGAAAAUGUCUGGGAAAAACGAUUAGCAGAUCAAUCUGGACCACUUCGACAAACCCAAAGUCAGCAACCGCAGCAGCAGCAGCAGCCGCCGCAACCAACGAAAAUACUAAAACGAACAUCGAACGAGAAUAAUUCCAGCACUGUAGUGAAAUCUACACCUGCAUCUGCAGCAACACAAGUCAAACCGAAUUUCACUGAAAUAGUCAAUUCAGCUCUGAAAGAACAACUCUUGCCGGCAAAUCCAUCCACUUCAACGGAGAAAUCGCAAUUAUCUCAAUCAACAACAACUAAGACGGCACCGAAUCAGCAAAUCUCUGUUCUGUCUCCGUCUGCACCCGUACCGAUAAGUGGAAAAGUUCACACUCAGGAACCGCCAUCCCUUUCAGUAAAUCCAACAGCAACGAAAAUCGCCCCUGAACCUAUAGUACCAUUAGCAACUUUUCCAACACAUUCAGGGCCAUCGUCUCUACUCUUCCGUGCCAUUAAUGAAUCGAAACAAGUUUUCAAUCCAGUUCAACAACAACCAUGGGAACUUGUUCCACCACCAGCAAUACCAAUCACUCAAAAGAAACAGCUGGACACAUCUGCAUUUGCUCCACAGUCACAGAAUAUCAUUCUAGCAUCCAUGCAACAGCAGCAUCCUCAAGACUCGCCCAUGUCUCAUCAGCAGAAAUUGGAAAGUCCACCACAGCAACGAAGUUUAUUCUUGGCGCAAGCAAUAGAAAGCAUGUCGCGUGCACCUCCACCAACAUUAGCAACAGCUCAAUCGGAACAAACACAACAGCAAUCAUCUCAAUCAGAACCAAUACUCUCUAUGCUUCAACGUGCAAUUCAACAAUCCGACCUUCAAUUCAAUACAAAUCCCACACCUUCAUCCAUAAUAAAUGGAUCAUUCGAUGCUUCAGCACCAUUUCAACCAUUCGACUUGAACGCUACACAUUUCUACUCUGAUUUUCAACCAGGACCAGUACCCUCUCAAAUAACAUCUCCACAACAACAACAGCAACAACAACAAUCACCUUUGCAAACGAACAAUAUACAUUUUGGCUUGCCUCAAACUAUGUCUAGUCCUCUCGCAUCUCAUAGUUCGCCAACAACUCAAACUCAAACAACGCCUCAACAAACGAAUUCACCUCGUAUGUCAGGUGGUUCUACACUUCAAUUUGUUCCAUCUCAAGUCUUACGUAAAAUGUCGAAAAAACCAUAA